AUGGUCAAACUAAAUGUAGUUAGCGCCGCUUUCCUGCUUCUCAUAAUCAGGUUUAGUGCCGUAGCCGAGAGCGACGAGACUCGUUCCCCCCAGCAGGAGGACGCCGACGCCCCUGGUUACGCCUCUGAUGAUGACUCGAUCAAAAAGAAGGUAUGGGGCGCAGUUCAGCAGGAAUGGCGAGUAUCAAGAGCACUUGAGGUGCUGCUGCUUCAUGUGGAGAACGUCAAGAGGCUGUACGAGCGGGACCACCAAGAACUGGAGGAGAUGCGCAAACUACUUGCUGAAUAUCAAAUAGACAUGCCCAAUUCUUCUGGAAAUGCUUCAAAUUCCAAUACUCAGUCCAAUUCUGACAAUCCUACCCCUGGAGUACGUUUGCGGACAUUCAGUCUUGCAGUCGGUGGAAAGCAGCAGUCACAAGAAACUCGUCGCAUCAGCUUUACAACAGGUACAACUCAUGCAGCCCUGAGUGCAUUCUUAGGAACCAAAUCUUCAAAGAGAAGGGCAUCCCUGAUGCCAAUAUACGCCCAUUCCAAGAGAGCAAAGCUUCCAUAGCUGCUGUUGCCGCUGCUGCUGCCGCUGCUGCUGCAUCAAGUAGAGCCAGCAUAUCUGCUGCAAGUAAAGAUAAAGCAGAGAAAAAUGGCAGACUUCUAAUGGAGUGUUUAGCAUAACAGAAGAAGGUAGUGAAAGUGGCGGAGAAGGAAGUGACACGCCCCCAAAUUCCUCUGGAGGAACACCAACAGCUUUAGCAAUAAGCAGAACUUUGGCUCAGCUUCAUCCUGAUUUGUACAGUGCUGUGCCCAAUACACAAGAGGCUACUCGCAGGUUAAGUGAAGAUGACAGUUCAGGCUCCAUAACUCAGUCUAUGGCAGCAGACUCAACAGUAACAAGUACUCCAGCUCCAAAUCCUGAAGCAGGGCCACAGCAUUGGCUGAUGGUCGGGUUGGAAGAUGUUAUAGGCUGGAUUCGUGGAGGAAGAUGGCCUUAU